CGGGUCGCUCUUUCACAUCAUUUAAUCUCACGGUUUAUUUUUCUCAUUCUCUCUCUCAGAUUCACAGAAGAGUGGAGGUAUGUGGUGUUAAUGAGAAUUAGAUCAAAUAAUAAUUUUUAUAAUAUGUAUUAGUUAGUGUUUUAUUGUUUUUUUUCGGUGUUUAAAGCCGCUCUGUUGGGGGUUGAGGGGUGGAGGAGAGGAGAAAAAGCAGAAGUAACGUUAGCAGAAGUUAGCGCGCGCUCUCACACACACUGCAGGUUAUAUUACUCACCUGACUGAGGAGCCCAGAGCUCACCUGUGUGUGUUUGUGUGUGAGAGGUGUGUGUGGGGUGUUAACCGGCUGGCCGGCUGGUUAGCUGUUUGUGGAGCUGAACGGAGAUGGAUACGGCGGAUUUGCGGAGGCUGUUCUCGGCCUGUGACGGGAAUAAGUCCGGGAGGAUCGAGUAUGAGGAUUUUAUCAGGGUCUGCCGGGAGCUGAGCGUUCCAGCCGGAGACGUGCGGACUUUAUUCAGUAAGUUCGACCUGGACGGAGACGGCUGUAUCAACUACAGCGAUUUCUGCUCGAGUUUCAACGAAGUGUCUGAAACCCUCAACCUGGCUUCCCUGGGCAGCAGCGGGCAGUGCCAGGCCAGCGCCUGGGCUGAGUUUGAGAACACCCUGGACGGAGAUGUGGCCUACUAUCUGGGGAGAUUGGGGGAUCCUCUCGGUGAGCUGUAUCAGGAGAUCCAUGCCACAUCAGACAUGCUCUUACUACAACAGUAUGAAGAUCUGAUCAAAGCUCUUGUGCUGGAGAGCAGAGAGCAUCGAAUGGAGAGUGAACAACUGGAAACUAGUCUCAGAAGGAGUGAGGAGACUGCGAGCUCUCAGAUAGUUGAGCUGGAGGAGGAUUUACAGCGGCAGCUGACCCGCACAGAGCAGAGGGUUCGAGAGGAGGAGCAGAAGAAAAUGGAGGGGACCCUUGCCAUGCUCCAGAUCAAACAUGAGAAUGAACUGGCAGACCUCCAGGCAGCAGUGGAGAGGCUAACAGAGUAUCAAGAGGAGACAGAGUUAAACAGCCCCAGAGAAGACCUCAUCAAAUUAAGAAAGAAAAUCCGAGAGGUGACGCAGGAAAAUGAUGAGCUUAGAAGUUCCCUCCUGAAGGCCCAAAUGAACAUCUCAGUUCUGCAGGUAGAAUUGGACAAACUAAAGAAUGCAUAUACUGAUGAGAAACUUCAGCACGAGAGAGAAAGUAAUGAGCUUAAGAAGAUGGUUGUGGAGUACCAGUCCUAUGCUGGUCAUAUUGAAUUUCUCCAAGAAAUGAAUAAAAAGUUGUAUGACAGUAAUGAUGGGUUACGGUCUGCUCUGACCAAGGAUAGUUCAUCCAAGAGGCGGCUUUCCCCCAAAAAUGAAAAACCUCCUAGGAAACUGAAACCACUUCGGCAGAGUACUAUAAAUCAGAGCAGCUUUGCUAAUGAAGAAGAUGAAAUGUCUGUAGACGGCUCCAAAGACAAGUUCUCUCUGGUGGCCCGCUGGGCGGAUAAGUAUCUGGACAGUGGUGUUUCUUUACAGACGGACACGGACCGAAUGUCUGCCAGCAAUUACGACAGUGACGAGAGCCACAACUCUGUGGAGACUGUGCAUCACAGUGAUUCCUACGUUCAUUCUGAAAUGGAGUUACAGAUGUCAGAUUUUAAAUCCGAGAUGAACGUCUCUGUAUCCCCCAGCAGAGUAAGCUCGCUUGCGUCUUCUCUGCGACGUCGUCUCUCUGCGUUUCCUGUAAAGCAAACUGAAGCAGACUUGUUUGAUUCUGACGGGUCACUUCCAAUGUACCGCCUGGUGCUGGCCGGAGAUGCGGGGUCCGGCAAAUCCAGCUUUUUAUUGCGUCUGAGUCUGAAUGAGUUCAGAGGAGACAUGCAGACCACACUUGGUGUUGAUUUUCAAAUGAAGAAGAUGCUUGUGGAUGGUGAGAAGACAAAUCUUCAGAUAUGGGACACUGCAGGACAGGAGAGGUUUCGCAGUAUUGCCAGAUCUUACUUCCGUAAAGCCCACGGUGUUCUUCUUCUGUAUGACGUCACUUCAGAGAGCAGCUUUUUAAACGUUCGGGAGUGGAUGGAGCAGAUUCAGGAGUCGACAGACGGGAACGUCCCCAUGUGUGUGAUUGGGAAUAAAGUGGAUAUGAGAGCGGAGAGGCCAGAGGGAAGCUGUGUGAGUCCUGCGCAGGGAGAGAAACUCGCAAUGACUUACAACGCUUUGUUCUGUGAGACAAGUGCCAAAGAAGGUACCAACAUAGUGGAGGCGGUUCUGCAUUUAGCGAGGGAGGUGAAGAAAAACUCCAAGCAAAGACGGCAUUCAGAGUCUCAGGUGAAGCUGAGUCUAAACAGUGGGAAGAAGGCACUGAGUAACUGCUGUGGAGUCUAACCAGCUCAUCACUCCACAGCCACGCAUGAAGGAAUGUUUACUGAAAUGAUCUGUUCAUGAACAUGUUAAUAUGCUAUAUUAAUAUAGACAUAUUAUGUAUAUUAGCUGUUAUUGUCCUAGCCACAGAUGGGCAGAGUUUAAUAUUUUUAAUGCUAUUUAAUGAUCAGUGCUUUGUGAUUUUAUAUUUUUAAAGAAAAUGUUUUAAAAAUAUUAAGCACUAUGGUUUAUUUCACAGGGUCUUUGUCACUGAUCAUGUGUGUAUAUAUGUAUAAGAAAAGAUCAAAUUCCACCUUCACUUGGAUGGGGUCAGUAUUUAUUGGAGUGUUCUGUUUUUAUAUUUUAAAUGUACCAAACGACUUUUUGUAUAAAGAAUUUGGUUUUGGAUAUUAAAUAAAAUCUAUUUUGCUCAA